AUGAGUGCAGACCAAGGCUCAAACUCAUCCGCAUCAACGUCCUCCUCUUCUCUCUUUGAUCCUGGCGUCUUUCUCCCCGGCGGCCACAACAAUGACCCCCCGCUCCCGGAAAACAGCCCCACGGCUGGCUACAAACUGAAUCACUUCAUGCUCCGUGUCCGCGAGCCGCAGCGCUCGCUCCACUUCUACAUCAACCUCAUGGGCAUGCGCACAGUCUUCACCAUGAAUGCCAGCCCUUUCACACUAUACUACCUAGGCUACCCUCCCACAUCCGAAGACCGAGCCGACCUGCCCUCCUGGUCUGCACGAGUCGCCAAACCCCCGGUUCUCACGCAAACCCCAGGGUUGCUGGAACUGUACCAUGUCCAUGGGACAGAAAAAGCGGACGCCGAGGGCGGCUUCAACAUGUCCACUGGCAAUACGCCGCCGCAUCUCGGCUUUGGACACGUAGGAUUCACGGUGCCGGAUGUUGCGGGCGCAUUGGAGAGGCUUAGGAAGCAAGGAGUCCCAAUCAUCAAGGAGUUGGGUAGUAGUUCGCGAGAGAGUGUGCCGUUGAGUUCGUGGGAGGAGGAAAGGGGAGUCGGUGUGGGCGAGAUUCAUUCGAAUUAUCAGAAGCUCUUUGAUCAGAUUGCUUAUGUCGCUGAUCCGGAUGGAUAUUUCGUGGAACUGAUUCCUCAGGAUUUGCAUUGA